AUGCCCAGCGAUAUGUCCACAUCGUCAAAGCGACAGCCGGCCUCCGGUAUCGACGAGAAAGCUGGGGAUUACGGAAACCAUGACAAGACAAGAUGGCUUGGAAACAAAACCUUCCACACAGGCGUGUGUAUCUCAUCUUGGAUCAUCAUUUCCAAUAGCACCAUUCUUUUCAACAAGUGGCUUAUAGACUCACGAGGAUUCCAUUUCCCGAUUCUUCUUACAUGCUGGCACCUGUUUUUCGCAACCCUGGCCACCCAAAUUCUGGCUCGCACCACCAAACUCCUAGACUCUCGAAAGAAGAUCUCCAUGUCAGCGGGUGUCUACGCUCGAGCCAUUCUUCCAAUUAGCAUCUUCUACUCCAUUUCCCUCGUCACAUCAAACAUGGCUUACUUAUACCUGUCUAUUCCGUUCAUACAAAUUCUCAAGACCACGGCACCAGCUGUUAUGCUUUUCGUUGCUUGGGCCGCAGGCACGGCAAACCCAACUUUUGCAACAAUCCUUAAUAUAUUUUGGGUCAUUGGCGGUGUCAUGCUGGCAUCAAGUGGCGAGAUUCAGUUUUCUCUUAUUGGCUUCCUCUAUCAGAUGGGCGGCAUUGUCUCUGAAUCGAUCCGCCUCAUUAUGAUUCAACUUCUGCUGAGCAAUGACGGGUUGAAAAUGGAUCCGUUAGUGGGUUUGUAUUAUUUUGCUCCCGCAUGCUGCUUGAUGAAUUUUCUCAUCGCCCUGCCUACCAAUGAGAUUUUGAAUAUCUCGUGGCAAGCUGUGCAGGAUGUAGGAGUUGGCCUGCUGUUCCUCAACGCCCUGAUAGCGUUUAUGCUCAAUAUUGCAAGUGUCUGUUUGAUUGGCCAAACAUCUGGCUUGGUCAUGACAUUGACUGGCAUCUUGAAGAACAUUCUGUUGGUUGUCGUAUCAGUAAUGAUAUGGAACACGCAAAUCACGUUUGUACAAGUUGUGGGUUACACUAUUGCUCUUGCUGGCCUAGUUUACUAUUCUCUCGGAUAUGAGCAGCUAGUCAAGGCGUCGAAGGCCGGUCUCACAUGGACUUCGAACUUGCUGAGUGGCCGAGCAGUGCACGGUACUAGCUCGAUUUGUCUCAAGACAAGACGCGUAAUCGUAACGGCUCUUCUCAUGGCGGGACUGAUAAGUCUCUCGCCCAGGUUGUGGAGAUAUCACAAGUACGAAGAGUUGAGGAUUUAG